AUGGGUAGCAACGAUACAAACGGUACGUCCUCGAAAGGCCUGCGCAUCCUCAUCGCGGGUGCAGGAAUUGGAGGCCUGUCAGCUGCUAUUGCACUGAGGAAGAAUGGCCACCACGUUAAAUUGCUCGAACGGUCUCGAUUCGCCAACGAGAUAGGCGCCGCUAUCCAUCUGUCACCAAAUUGCAAUUCAGUACUCCAGAGGCUCGGUAUUGAUGCUGCCCAAUUUGGUGCCGUUGAAACAGAAAAAUUACGUACCUUUGCGCCAUCUGGAGAGCCCAUUGAGGACGUCAAUGUCAAGAAAUACGCGGGUCUAUGGCGCUAUCCCUGGCUUCUGGUCCAUCGUGCGCAUCUUCACGAGAAUCUAAAAGCUGCUGCACUAGCGGUAGGAUGCGUAUUGGCCACGUCAAGUAAGGUUGCCGAUAUUGACCCCCAUAAUGCCACCGUUACUCUGGAAAAUGGAGAAACCCUCGAGGGUGACGUGGUUAUUGGAGCCGACGGUGUCCAUUCGGCGGCGAGGUCCAAAGUGAGGGGGACCGACAAUAUCAAGCCGUUCAGCUCAGGGAGAAAUGCAUUUCGGUUUUUGAUCUCGCGCAAGGAGGCGAUGGAUGAUCCCGAAACCCGAGAGAUUUCUUCCGACUUCGGUGCAGUCGAUAUGUUCGAUUCUCCGGAGAGACGUGUGGUGAUCUAUCCCUGUGUCAACAAUGAGCAGCUUAACUUCGUUUGCAUUCAUCCGGCGGAAAUGUCCGCCGUCAACAAGGACGCCGACUGGAACCAGCAGGCCAGUAAGGACUCCCUACUUGAAGUAUACCAGGACUUCAGUCCCAAGGUCGUGAAGCUGCUUGCCAAGGCAGAUCCCCAGACUUUGAGAGUCUGGCCCUUGUUAGACAUGGACACCCUGCCGUCCUGGGUGGAGGACCGGAUGGCUCUCAUCGGUGACGCCGCGCAUCCUUUCCUACCAUAUCGAGGGUCCGGCGGGGGAAUGGCCAUCGAGGAUGCCAUUUCCUUAGCGGUAAUGCUACCAGGCGAUGUUGAUCCUCAAGAGGUGCCGGGCCGCCUAAAGCUGUAUGAAACAGCACGACACACUCGCGCCACGCGAGUUCAACAGAUGACACGAGAUUCCUCUCAUGGGCCGCUGCCUCCAGCUGAGUCCCAAGCCAUCACAGGCUAUAUCUACGGACACGAUGAGUUCGACUAUUCGACUCAGAUUCUGCGCAAACAUCUCUGGAGUCAGACUCCGCAGAAAUACUGGCGCCAACCUACCGUGUUCGGCCCCAUGCCCGGUCCCCGUCAGGACUUUCAAGGCCGUGACCGGACCAGUCAGUCACUGAAGUCUACUUUCCAGACGGCAUCAAUUCGCUUCAAAACCAGCCGCACUCUCCUCCAAAACCUUCUCCCCAAUGACUCAUAUAGUUUCAGCAGUCCCAGCACCUACGCCUAUGCCUCCUUCUCGCAAACGAAGCUUGACGGCAUGGACUGGCUGGCUGGAGGCGGAUAUCGUCACCUAGGGUUGUACAUCGAGGGAGUACAGUACAAAAAAGCCAACGGCGAAAUUGUUCGAGGAACGUAUUUGCCCAUCUUGUUUGAGAACCUGGCGGACCCAAUUCUCUCCGGUAGGGAAGAGCUGGGAAUGCCAAAGCUAUUUUCAACUAUUCAUGCACGUGAACGCGCCCAGUCAUAUCACGUGGAGGCCGGCUGGGAAGGCGUCGUUUGGGGACGUUUUCACUGGGACGAACUCGAAGACGAGGACUCGAAUGACGCGGGCACGAUCGGAGGUGAGCCUAGCGACGGGAUUUUCGUGCAUCGCUAUCUCCCCAAGGUUGGUCGGGAUUGUAAAGGCGAGUCUGAGGCCGAAUAUCCAGUUUUCGUACCGCAUGCAGAGGAGUCGAAAUGGGUGCCAUCCAAGAUCACUCGCGUGCGUCGGACAAAAAAGGCCGGAUUCCAAAUUGACGGGUUGAGCUGGGAUCUACUUCCCACCUUGCACCAUGUGAUUGACAGACUUGGAGAAAUCCCCGUGGACGAAAUCGUUUCUGGGAAAGUGGUUGAGGGUGAGGGAGUACCCGAUGUGUCCUGCGCCAGGCGUCUGGAAUAG